AUGAGUAACAUGCAAAAUAGACGACAGAUACUCAAUGAGUACUAUCCAACGCAGCCAAUGUCUCCGCCUGUGACUCAACCAGCCUCUCAAUAUCAAGUCCUGGAGGAGAUCGGACGAGGAUCUUUUGGUGCGGUACGUAAGGUCAUUCAUCUUCCUACCAAGAAGUUGAUGGUCCGGAAGGAUAUUAGGUACGGUCAUAUGAAUAGCAAGGAAAGACAGCAAUUGAUAGCUGAGUGCACCAUUCUAUCACAAUUAAAGCAUGAAAACAUCGUGGAGUUUUACUCGUGGGAUUUUAAUGAACAGAAGGAGGUUUUGUACUUGUAUAUGGAGUAUUGCUCCAGAGGCGACCUUAGUCAAAUGAUCAAGCAUUACAAGCAAGAACAUAAAUACAUUCCAGAGAAAGUAAUAUGGGGUAUCUUAGCUCAAUUACUUAUGGCCCUGUACAAGUGCCAUUAUGGAGACGAUCUACCGCAAUUGACCACAAUGUACGAUCGAAUGAAACCUCCCACUAAGGGUAAGAAUAUUGUCAUUCAUCGUGAUUUGAAACCGGGAAAUAUAUUUCUAAGCAACGAAAAUAAUGAUGAUAAGGAGGUUAAGAAUUAUAGGAAAAUGGAUUACAGUCAGGUCGUGGUGAAAUUGGGUGAUUUUGGACUGGCCAAAUCACUCGAAGCUAGUAUUCAGUUUGCUACUACUUACGUCGGAACCCCAUAUUAUAUGUCACCCGAGGUUCUAAUGGAUCAUCCUUACUCUCCUUUGAGCGAUAUCUGGUCUCUAGGAUGUGUCAUAUUCGAAAUGUGCUCACUACAUCCACCUUUCCAGGCUAGAAAUUAUCUUGAACUCCAGAAAAAGAUUAAGCUGGGCAAAUUUGAUAAAAUUCCCGAUUACUACUCUGAUGGACUUAAUUUGAUGAUCCGUUCAAUGAUCGAUGUGGAUCUCAAAACAAGACCCUCAACUUUCGAGCUUCUGCAGGAUAUACAAAUUCGCACAGCGAGGAAAUCAUUGCAGCUUGAACGUUUCGAAAGGAAUUUGCUGGAUUAUGAAAAUGAACUAGUUAAUAUUGAAAAGAUUUUGGAGAAACAGGCAAUGGAAUACGAGCGAGAGUACUCGCAAUUAAAGGAGCAAUUCCUGCGAGCUGUCGAAGAUCGUGUUGCUGAAGUCAUAAACGGUAAAAAGAUUGGCAUGGUGCCUGAAUCUAUAGAUGGGUACUACAAUAAGCGGCUUCCGCGACCAGCAUAUCACUGGCAAACGAGGUACCGAUAA